AUGGCGAGUGUCCAGGGUGCGGGGAAGCCCACCGGCUGGAUUGUCUGUGCCGAAUUACGACGGAAGACGCCGAGCGAACGAGCUUUGGUAGCGAAGGAGAAAGGCGUCUGCUUUAACUGUCUUGGAGGAAAACAUCGUAGUGUCGACUGUCGUUCGAAACCGGCCUGCGAAUCGUCCGGCUGCCGUGCUCGUCAUCAUUCGCUGUUGCAUGGUGCGGAAAGAGUUUUUCCCGAGAAAAACCGACAACGCCAAAUUCCGCCUUCCAUCGGGGGCCAAGAUUACGCUCAAGGACCUCAAACGCUUGCGAUCGCUCCCCGUCUUUCGUCCGAUGUUCUCUUGGCCGUGGUUCCCGUACGACUUCAAGCUGGAUGCCGGACUUUGGACGUUUUCGCUCUUCUUGAUACUGGCAGCCAAGCUACCCUUUUGCGUGAAGACGCGGCCCAGGAACUCUGCCUGAAAGGACGGUCCCGCAAAGUUCAUUUCGGGACCUUCCAUGGGAAAGAUCCGGUAGUCGACACUCGUCUAGUCGAUUUCGCUGUUUUGUCGCUGGGGGGUGACCAUGACUGUCAAGUGUCCGACGCCUUCGUGGUACCUCAUCUUAAUGUUGGUCAGCGCAAAAUGACCGAUGAUCUCGCCUCCUUCGAGUAUCUUCGGCGGGGUGCCCCGGUUGACGUUUUUAGCGACAACGGGACGCAUUUGAGGGUUGGAGAACGUGAGCUGCGUGAGGCGGUCGCCCGCUUAAACGACCACCGCAUUUUGGGCGUGUGGGAACGUCUUGUCCGUUCUGGCAAAGAUGCUCUACGAGCGAUCCUUGGCCAGCAGACUGUUAAGGACGAAACUUUUGCUACGGUGGUUAUCGAAGUGGAAGCUCUACUCAACAAUCGUCCGUUAACCGAUCUAGGAGCGGAUCCCCAAGAGUUUGAGCCAUUAACCCCGAAUCAUUUCCUGUUGGGGCGACCCAAUCCCCACUUGCCGGCCGACGUCAUUGAUCCCGACAUCAAGUGCUUUCGUCGCCGAUGGUUCCACGCGCAACGACUCGUAGACCAGGUGUGGAACCGAUGGUUGCGCGAAUAUUUGCCAACGUUAACCACGCGCAGCAAGUGGACUCGGUCGCAGAAAAACUUAGAAGCCAACGCCAUGGUGCUAAUGGUUGACCCGAAGUCGCCGCGCGGGCAUUGGCCGAUCUGCCGUGUUGUAAGAACGUUGCCUGGACCUGAUGGGGUUGUGCGUGCAGCUGAAGUCAUUACGAAGUCCGGCAAGACCUAUACCCGCCCGGUUACAAGUUUAUGUCGCUUCGAAGCCAGUAAUGCUGCUUAA